AUGCUGUAUCCUACAAAUACCAAUAUGAUGUUCAAUCUUGACUCUAUUCCAGCUUUUGAGUUCUACGACGAAGACACCUUUGUCGAUAGCCCACCGCCUGCCAAUACUCCUAAGAGUCCUCAGGAAGAGGAAGAGUAUGAAGAGAAGGGUGAGCCAGAGUUCAGACUGCUUGAGGAAUACGUCAGGGACACAUUUCCUUCUUUAAGGCAAGGAAUGCUCCCAAGACAAGUAGAGGAGGCGCCUACUAUUAGGCAAGCGCCGCUGGCUUAUGCCCCUCAAAAUAUUCCAAUUGCUCCUGUUGUUCAAGCACUGGUUCCUCAUUUCGACCCUCCUCCAUAUCCUCCUCCAGGAUAUGAACCAAAACCAGCACAGCUGCUUCCCAAGGCCAAGGUGGAGGAAAGCUCUGUUCCAUCUUUUGACGACUUUGACGUCCAGUUAUCUGCGGUGCUUGAAGAAAUGGAACAGGUCAAGCAGGCUUUGGUAGUUAGCGCUCCAAACCUCCAGCCCAUUCCAGAACCUAUUCUGAAACAGAACUUACAGAAGCUUCUGCCUGAAGAAGAGGUGGCGCUGUUUAAGGAUGACACGUUUCUGUUGCGUGCAUCUCCAGAUGGAACAGAGUCGUCUGUUUCGAGACAAGCCAGUGUUCCAUUGAACAUUGACUCCAACUAUACGUACCGUAAUGGAAACGUACACCCAAUGUGGGAGACCAAUAAUGUCUGGCAGGCAAACACUCAAACAUGGCUGGAGUCUACACAGCUGCUGGAAAACUACGGAAAGCCAAUCUUCUACAACAACCCGUACUGUCAGGCUCCACCUUCGUUGUUCAGUGAUCCACUGGAAGACUUUGGCAACAAUGUCUUUGAUACUACUAAUGUCCAGCCGUUGGAAUCGGAUUCUACAAGGCAGUUCAAGAGAAGUCGGGGUGAGUAUGACUAUGAUGCUUAUAACCAGAAUGAUCCUUUUGGGUACUUUGGAGCUCCUACUGAGUAUGGAAUCGUGAAUCCCACUGAACAGCCCAGCAGUUUCAUGGAUGACUUUUACGAGUCAUACAGAGAAAAUAAGAGAAGCAAGUGGCUUAAUGGAUGA